AUGUCAUCCACAACUACAACCACCACAAACAACACCGGCACCGUAAUCCUCGGCGCCGGCAUCAUCGGCGUUUCAACCGCCUACUACCUCUCCCUCUCCUCGCCCCAAUCCUCCUCCUCCUCAGAAAUCCACCUAAUCGACCCAUCCCCUACCCUCUUCUGGUCCGCCUCCGGCUUCGCCGGCGGUUUUCUCGCCCGCAACUGGUUCGCGCCCGAAGUCUCCUCUCUCGGCGCGCUCUCCUUCGCCGAGCACGCGCGUCUGGCCUCCGCCCACGACGGUCGGCGCAACUGGUCCUAUGCCCCCUCUACCUCGCUGGGGUACUCGGCUGUUGCCGCCGACAAGGGCGUCAAGAAGCGCGGAGACGAUUGGUUGCGUAGCGGGACGAGUCGGGCGGAGGCGGCACCCGGGGACCAAAAGCAAAAGGUGCCGGUGUUGAGUGUGGAGGAUUUAAACCAAAAAACGCCGGCGUGGUUGAGGAGGAGGGAGGGCGAUGAUGUGGAGGUUAUUGGAGGGGAGGGAGACGCGGCGCAGUUGGAACCUGAGAGGCUUUGUCGGUUCUUGUUGGAAGAGGCGGAGGGGAGGGGGGUGAAGGUUUCGAAGGGGACGGAGGCGGUGGAGGUGUUGAGGGAUGGGGAAGGGGUGGUUAGUGGUGUGGUGGUGAGGGAUGUUAAGACGGGGGAGGAGAGGGAGGUUCAAUGUUCGAGGAUCAUCAUCACGGCGGGGUGCUGGAGCGGACAGGUGUGGGAGAAGCUGUUUGGGGCUACUUCGGAGACGGUCAAGAGGUUGCCGGUGACGAGCCUGGCGGGUUACUCGCUGGUUGUGAAGAGCCCGAGGUGGGCAGGUGCUGUUGAUGGGGAGGGGUGUCAUGCGGUUUAUACGAGCCAUGCCUUUUGCCCGGAGAUCUUCUCAAGGGUGGGCGGCCAGAUUUACUUUGCCGGGUUGAACUCGGCGGCGAUGCCGCUGCCGAACGUAGCGGAGGGCUCAAAGGUGCCGACUGAGCCUAUGCAGUUGGUCAAACAGGCGGCUAGGGAGCUACUGGGGUCAGGGAAGGAUGGGGAGGAUGAUUUGGAGGUGGUUAGAGAGGGUUUGUGCUUCCGGCCGGUGACGCCGUGGGGACUGCCUAUUGUUGCGAGGGUGCCAGAUGAGCACCUCGGAGGCGGGAUCCGGACGAGCCCCGGCGCGGAGGGAGGCGUGUUCUUGGCUACCGGCCACGGGCCAUGGGGAAUUAGCAUGAGCUUGGGCACAGGCAUUGUGAUGAGCGAGUUGGAAUCCCGCAGUUGUCGUUGUUGCAGUACCGUGCUACAAGCUGUGAUGAACAGCUUCGAAGAUAGUCGGCGUGCUGCCGGUUUCUCUAGGCGGCUCCUUUCAGGCAGGUAG